AUGAGACACAACUUGCUAACGCUUGGUGAGUUUUCCAAUUGGCAAUGGGCGACGCUCAAUCCCUACACUUUGCUAGGUCAUUUCAACUACUUUCCAGAAAGCACCAUCAACACUCGAGAUGCACCGAAAAAAUUAUCCCAUUCCUUGUUCCCUCCGGUGUUGUACUCGCCACAUGGAAACGCACUCAAUCCAGAAUGGGUUCAAUUGGUUGGACAGGCUAUCAAUGCGUUUUUUGUCUUGUGCAUGGUGAUUCAACUUGGACAACUUGUGGCGCAAUGGAAAAGCCCGCGCACGGCUGCCGCUGCCGGGGCAUCUUCAUCUUGGUUACACCGUGUUAAGCAUUUGCAAUUGCUUAUCCAGGUUACGGUGUUGCUGGUGAUUUAUGCACUCACUAGCAACGAGCUUGUUUCAUUUAGUCUUGUCGCCACUGUGGUUGCUGCCGGUGUGCAAGUUUUGGAGUAUAGAUUGUCACCAGUGGCUCUUGCAUCGGUUCUAUUAUACUGGCUUGUGAAUUUCAUUUUUGGGCUUGUCAUUUUGGUCCAAGAUGUGGCAUCAAAGCACAAGAUUAUUGCACCAAACACCGUCAACUUGGUACUCGAAAUUGUGGCACUUGUCAAUGGCUUGAUCAUUUUCGUAUUGGAGACUUUUUUUUAUUCAUACGGAGACACCACAACCUCAGCAUCAGAAGCCAACCUCAGCAUCAGCAGAGUCAAUUUCAUCUCCUAUUUCACAUUCAGCUUUAUUCAACCGGUGUUGAACAAAGCAUACACUACGGACGAGUUGACCAUGGACGAAUUGCCCAAUGUCAUUGGCAACUUGAAAAGUGACGAGACAACGGCAACUUUGAAGAAAAACUGGCAACAUGAACUAAGAGUCAAAAGUCACAUUUUCGCCAAGAUUGGUUCUAUAUUACGAAGAAGAAAGUACAAGAACACCCCAAACUUGUUGAGUGCGGUUUACAAGUCCAAUGCCAGCUACGUUUGGGGCAACCUCAUUUUCAGCUUGAGUGACAUUGUAUUCUCCUUCUCGCAGCCAUUCAUAUUGAUGAAAUUCAUUGGCUUUUUCACAAGAUACGUUGAUAGUGAAGGAGCACCACAUGAGAGACCACCAGUGAUUAUUGGCUAUUUUUGGGCCUUUGCCAUGCUCUUUACCAAAUGUGCCGAUUUUAUUUCUUUCAAUCAGGCCAUCAUUUUGCAAAUGAAGCUUGGCUAUUCUAUUCGAAGCUCGUUGACGGUUUUGAUCUACGAGAAAUCGUUGAAGCUUUCACCCGCGUCGAAAAAGAAGAAGCCCACUGGUGAUAUCGUCAACAACAUUUCUGUUGACGUUGGAAGAAUCAAUUCUUUCACCCAGGGCAUGAGCGAUUAUGUAACGGCACCUAUAAAGCUUGUAGUAUGCGUGACUGCCUUGUUCAAAUUUUUUGGCUAUGCGUCAUUCUUUGGUGUUGGUGCCGCGUUGCUAUCGGCACCGCUCAUCUUGUUGAUUCAGACGGCGAUAAUGGCAAGUUUUAAACAAUUGAUGAAGGACAAAGACGAUAGAACCUCGCUUGUCACGGAAAUCAUUAACCUGGCCAAGAGCAUCAAGUUGUACUCCUGGGAAACACCCAUGUUGAAAAGGUUGAAUCACAUCAGAAACGAUCGAGAAUUACAAAACUAUAAGCGUAUCGGGGUCAUUUUCGCUCUUGUUCAGUUCUUGUGGGGGUGUGUGCCUUUCCUCAUCAGCUGCGCUUGCUUUACUGCUUUCAUCAAACUCUACAAUGUUCCUUUGACGCCAGAGAUUGUUUUCCCCGCGUUGGCAUUAUUUGGAUUAUUGAUGGAACCAAUGGCAUUGAUCCCCAACUGUAUCAUGCAGGUUCUUGAAGUGAGAGUAUCCUUGGGAAGAUUGACCGAGUUCAUGACGCUUGAGGAGAUUAGCUCGGACCAAAAUGGGAAAAUACGCAGAGAAGACGCAGUCAAGAAUGGAAACGAGGCUGUUGUUAUCAGAAAUGCCGAUUUUGUGUGGAAUGAGAAUGCGGCGGCGGCGGCGGUACCAGAAUACAAAGAUGAAGAAAGUGAAAUACAAAAUGAAGAAAACAAUAACAACAACACUUUGGCGCUUAAGGAUAUCAAUUUCACUGCGCUCAAGGGGAAGUUGACCUGCGUUGUGGGUAAAGUCGGGAGCGGCAAGUCGACUUUAAUAAAUGCAAUUUUGGGAGAUGUUCCAGUCAAAGCUCAGACCUAUUCGGACAAUGCCGAGCAACAGCUGUCCUCGCCGCCGCUUGUUGAGACUUUUGGUACCAUUGCAUACUGUCCUCAAAACCCGUGGAUUUUGAAUGGCACAAUCAAGGAAAACAUCUUGUUUGGUCACAAGUACGACUCGGAGUUUUACAGAAAGACAAUUAUUGCGUGUCAACUAGUGCCUGAUUUCCAGGCCUUGGACAAGGGCGACAAGACUGUCGUUGGUGAGAAAGGUAUAACGUUGAGUGGUGGCCAAAAGGCGAGAGUGUCCUUGGCGAGAGCCGUUUAUGCCAGAGCUGACAUUUACUUGUUGGACGACGUCUUGUCUGCUGUUGAUGCUCACGUGGGCAAAGCUAUUACAGAGCAAGUUUUGUCACCAAAUGGUAUCAUUGGCAACAGGACCAAGGUCUUGGCCACAAACUCGGUGCCUGUCUUGCAUCAAGCAAACGACAUUUACCUUUUAGCUGAUGGAAAGAUUGUUGAGCAUGGGGACUACGUUACGGUGACAAAGAAGAAUGGCGAGUUGGCCAAAUUGAUUAAAGAUUUUGGAAGAAAAAAAUCUGAAAAGGGCGAGUUGCUGGACCAGAAAUGUAAUGAAGAAAUUGAGGAGAACUGGAAGGAAAGACAUGAAGUUGAUAAAGUUCAAACGGAAAAUACCUUGCUUGAAGCGACAGAAACUCCGUUAGCUGCAUCCCCAGCGGGAGUGGUGGUUCGUCGUGCCAGUAUCACUUCGUUUGAUCACGUAUACGAUGAUGAUGAAGACGAAGACGUAAACAAAAACGAAAAUGAAAACAAUGAGUUAUCUGGUAUCGCCGAGGCUAACGCCAACACUACCUCAGGAGGUACCACAGCCCUCAGCGAGGAGAAACGGGAAAAGGGUGUCGUGUCGUUCAAGACUUUUAUUAGGUACAUCAAAGAAGCCAAUUACAAAUUGUUCAUUGUGUUUUUAAUUUGCAUAGUGAUCAACAUCUUGCUCAAUGUUGGAGAAACCUACAUCUUGAGGGUAUGGUCGAAUGUGAACAAGGAGAGAAACGAAACCGUUGACCCAGGCUUCUUCUUGGGUCUUUAUUUUGCCACUGGUGCCUUGGCUGGAUUCGUUGUGUACAUUGGAUACUAUAUUCUUUGGUCCUAUUGUAUCAUCAAGGCCGCCGCUUAUUUCCAUCAAGAAAUGGCCAAGGCCAUCUUGAGAUCGCCAUUGUCAUUCUUUGACACGACCCCCGUGGGCAGAAUCUUGAAUCGGUUCACCCAGGAUACCGACAAGAUUGAUUUGCCCUUGCCCUGGUCAUUAAUUAUGUUUUUGCAAACUUUUAUCGGCACCAUUGUGACAUUUGCCGUGAUUAUAGUCACUUUGCCCGCGAUGAUGAUCUUGAUUGCAAUUUUCGGGCUCAUUUACUACUAUUAUAGUAGCAGAUAUAUCCCAACGUCGAGGGAGUUGCAAAGAUUGCAAUCAGUUGCCAGCUCACCCGUUUUGGCGAUUAUCCAGGAGACAUUGAACGGGGUGGAUACAAUCAAGGCCUAUGACCAAGAGGCAAGAUUUAUUCACAAGUGCAAAAAGUUUAUUGAUCAGAGAACUUUGGUCAAUGUCGUUAAUGUUGACGUUGAUAGAUGGCUUUCUAUGAGACUCCAGUCGAUUUCCGCAGCCACCAUUUUUGGAGCCGCCUUGAUCUCCGUGCUCUCCUUGACGGGCACCAACCCAAUCACACCGGCACUACUCGGUUUUGUCAUGACCUAUGCUUUGAAUGUCUCGCAGCAGCUCACAGCCUUAAUUCGCGCCUGGAGUAUUGCCCAGGACAAUGGGGUGGCAUUGGAGAGAAUUGUCGAGUAUUGCGAUUUACCCUCGGAAGCACCCAUGGUUAUUGAAGACAAGAGGCCCAACAAGUUGUGGCCUGCAAAUGGAGCAAUCAAGUUUAAAAAGUAUAGCACUUCGUAUAGGCAACACUUGCCUCCCGUUUUGGAAGAUAUAGACGUGGCCAUUAGUGCCAGGGAGAAGAUUGGGGUUGUUGGAAGAACUGGUGCAGGUAAAUCCUCGUUGACUUUGGGACUAUUUAGGUUGAUUGAGGCAACGGGAGGUUACAUUGAGAUCGACGAUGUCAAUGUAAGCGAGAUUGGGCUUUAUGAUUUGAGACGUCACUUGACUAUUAUUCCACAGGAAGCGCACACUUUCAGAGCCUCGGUGAGGGAGAAUUUGGAUCCUUUUGGUGAGCAUGAUGAUGCCAAAUUGUGGCAAGUGUUGCAGUUGGCGCAUUUGAAAGAACACGUGGAAAAGAUGGAGAGUGAUCCUACGGACGAAGAGAAGAAAGGGGUCAAGAAUCCCGACGAAUUACCGAAAAAGCGUGGUUUGGAUGCCCAGAUUGAGGAAGGCGGAUCGAAUUUGUCAGCUGGACAAAAGCAGUUGUUGUGCUUGGCCAGAGCGUUGUUGAACGAGACGAGCAAGAUUUUGGUUCUUGACGAAGCCACUGCUGCCGUGGAUUUCCAAACCGACAAGAUCAUCCAGGAGACCAUCCGGGAACAGUUUAAAGACAAGACCAUCCUCACUAUUGCUCAUAGAAUUGACACGAUCAUGGACAGCGACAAGAUCUUGGUGUUGGACAAGGGCAAAGUUGCCGAGUUCGACUCGCCCCAAACGCUUUUGAAGAACAAGGACAGUAUAUUCUACUCGCUUUCGAAAGAAGGUGGAUAUAUAAAGUAG